AUGCUGCAUAUCAUCAGGAGUUUCUCUUCUUCUUCAAUUGUUAGAGAAUUGAUCAGACCACCAGUGCAUGUGUUUGGUCUCGAUGGCAGCUACGCUACUGCUCUAUACUCAGCAGCUACUAAGCUCAAUCAGUUGUCUUCCAUUGAGAAGGAUUUCGAUACAAUUAAGAAUGAGUUGAAGAAUGACACAAAGCUGAAAGAGAUGAUAGAAGACCCGGUAGUCAAGAGUUCAGAAAAGGCCGAUGCCAUCAAGACCAUGGCCACAAAGGUUAAUCUGACUACCGCCUCAACCAAUCUUCUUGUCGUUCUUGCUGAAAACAACAGACUCCAGCGGCUGGAAGGGGUGGCCUCUGCGUUCUCGACAAUAAUGGCAGGUGUCAAGGGUCGCCUUAUAUGCUAUGUCACCACGGCAAAACCCUUGGAUGAAGAAGACAGGGCUCAGCUGGACAAUGUUCUUAAAUCAUUCGCCAAGAAGGGUGAGGAAAUUGUAGUGGAAGUCAAGGUAGAUCCUUCCCUCAUCGGUGGAAUGAUAGUCAAAGCUGGCGACAAAUACGUCGACAUGAGUAUUGCCAGUAAGAUCAAAAAGUACACAGAUAUAAUUAAUAAUUCCAUCAAACAAGGUUCGCUUGGAUCUUUGUCACUGCAACCUGCUGAGACGAAGAGUUCAGAUUGUGAUGAAGAUGACGAGAAAAAAUAA